GCAAAAAAAAUACCCCCAAAAAUAAAAAUAAAAGGACGGCUUGGCACAUCAAGGUGGUCACAUAAAGGGGCUUAUUGUGCCUCUGUGUCGCCGCUGGAUUACAACAUAUUUAAAGACCAAAACAGUGAACUAAGUAUGGGAACUAAUCCAAAACGGACAGUGACGGUCCAGAUGGUCCCUCAGCUGGCUGAGGUGGACUCUCUGGGAAAUAAGGAGUCGAAUUCCAACUGGGAAAACGAACCCCACCUCAAAGUCUCUCAGGUUUGUUCGAAUGCUCCUCUUACAUCCCUUGACAAACAGGACGGCCCAUCUCUGAUAACCUCCACCGUCCCACCUGUCCAAAAUAUGGCACCUAAAGGAGGAGAGCCAGCAUCAAACAAAAGGGCAUCUGAACCGGUGGAAAGUGGUGACCAGUCCAACCAGGCAAAAACUGUCCAAGCUGUGGGAGAUGAGAGGGAUUCUAAUGCCAACAUAAAAAUACAAAGCCCGACUCAUGGAAAGGAUGUGUGCAAAACAGGUCCACCAGCUGCUGUUGCAGGGUCAAACGUCGACGUGCACCACAACGACAGCAGAGUAAACGAGCCGAGUGCAUCGGUGGUGGAGCACGCUGUGACAUCCACAUCCACGGCGCCGAAGAGCAGCGAUAAACAAGUUUCUCCAAACGACAAAAACCCGAGCAAUGCCAGCAAAAUCAGAAAUGCAUCAAUCGAAACUCAAGAUAUCAAAGAGAGAAUUGCAGCCUCCGAAAACACAGAUACUGCAGUACUACAAAAAACUUACGAGCCAGAUAAAUUAAGCUGUUCAACAGCUUCUGUACCACCAAAACCUAAAGAAAGCUUUGAACCUGUCAACUCCACUCAACCUCCAUGCAUUAGUGAAGAAGCAGAGAGCGUGUCUAAAGCUGAGAGUGUGUGUUUAGCACAUCCAGGGCCAGGCUUUCCACCAGCAAAGGCACCAGAAGUCUCCUCGGAUAAACAUCACGCCACAUCUUUAGCGAAGACUGCUUCGCCCCAGGCUAAACAAAACAUGUCGACGUGUGGGCAGGUGGCUGAGAAAACUAGCCAGACUGACGCAGCUGUCUCUGCAGGAGAGCAGCAGCUCUACAGGGAGGCUUCGACCAUGACCUCAUUCCCGUCGCUGGCUCCAGUCAAGCAGUGUCACGACAUGGAGGUUCAGGCGGUGGCAAACACGGCCAGCAAAUCUGUGGCCACAAGUCCGAGUCUGCUGCCGUCCGCUGUGGCUCACAAGCCGAGUGCCGGCACCGUCCCCUGGGAGGAAGUCCAGAGCCUGGCUGUGAUGUACCAGGCUAACGACGGUCUGGGUUUCCAUCAGAUCUACACGUCUUCUCUAGCCACCGAUCAGGUGUCGGAGAGACUCACGGUCAAAGCAGAGGUGGGCUCUAACCAAAAGGCCGGGCUCAGCACAGAGACGUUGCCCCAGCAAGUUGACUCCAGGCUGGGAGCGAAGCCUAAAGAGACGGGAUCGGCUCCGUGCAACAUUCAGCCGGUUUAUCAGAUCAACAUCGAGCACAGCAACCACAGGAAGAGCAGGGAGACAAGUGACUCCCUUUAUGAAAGUGGAGCUGAAAUAUCCAUGGAAAAAACACCCCAGUCUGUCGGAGUCGUCACAUCUCCGAGGACAGCUGCUGCUUGUGCAGAUAAAAACAAGGCUACACUGUCUCAGGCUGCCGUUACAACCAAAGCUGAGCAGGCACCACCGACGGUAACAAAGUCGGAUCCGGCUGAAAAGAAGGACUUAGUGAAGGAGACAAGCUCUGGCGAACAGGACGUGGAACUGGAGAGAAAUGACGAGGACGACGACCAGUCAGGGAAGCAGAAAGAAAAGAGCGUCCAUGACGUUGUUUGGGAUGAACAAGGGAUGACUUGGGAGGUGUACGGGGCUUCCGUGGACCCAGAAUCGCUGGGUUUUGCCAUUCAGAGCCACCUGCAGUGUAAAAUCAGAGAACAGGAGAGGAAACUGAUGGCCCAGGCUUCCUUCAGGAAGUCCCUCUCUGGCGACGAUUCACCACGACAAGGUAAGAAGAACAAAAGGAGGCAGCAGAACAUUUUCAGGUCAAUGCUGCAAAAUGUCAGACGGCCCAACUGCUGCGUGCGUCCCCCUCCCUCCGCCGUCCUCGAGUAGCCCCCCCACACACAGAGGCAGUCGAUGGGCAACUUCUCUGUUUUCUUAGAGGUCACGGUGUCUGUCCUCACGCUGUUAUGACUGUGAUGCAGAGUGAAACGUUAAUGGGAUCCCUACAAGUAAGUUUGCUGGAAUGUUGUAGCAUAAAGAGACAAAAUAUUUGUGAUGUUUGUGAAUAAAAAAAAUAAAAAGUAGGAUGUAGAAGCAUAAAAAGAACACUUUAAGACUUAUUUUCUAGAAAUAGAUGUUAUAAAAAAGAGAGAGAGUUUUUAAUCAAAGGCAAUAAUAGUAAUACGCAUGUAUCUUGGUUUCAAGUACAGCUGUGCAGUUGAAAGUUUACUCAUUCACUGUAAAACUCACCUAUCAUCAGCAAAACAUUUUAUAUUUGCUGUCAGAACAUCUGUGUAAGUAUACCAAGCUAACAUGUCUUCACAUUUGUUGCAUUUAGUUACUGUUUUCAAAGUGUUUUUGGGCCUCUGUAUUUAUCUGAAUAACAUUUUAUUUUUCAUGCAUACAUUUGUUUAGUGUGUGGUGAAAAAAAUAAGGGGCUGUAUACACACAUAAAUGCGCUGUUUGAACUUUGUUAGUGUUUGAAUUUCUAUUAAAUAUGAUGAAACGUU